AUGUUUUUGAGGAAACCUGUAGUCCUAUUAUUACUGCUGCUAGAUAUUCUGAUUCUGUUUGCUGAGGCAAAAUUUGAAUGCGACAAUCACGAAACAACAGCAUUUGUUCGGAUAACUCGUGCCAGACUUGACGGUGUUCCAGUGGUAGUUUCAACAGCUGGUCACGAUUUAACUUGUGCUCAGUACUGUAGAAAUAAUAUUGAGCCAACAACUGGUGCACAACGAGCAUGUGCAUCGUUUAAUUUUGAUGGUCGUGAAACUUGUUACUUUUUUGAUGAUGCUGCAAGUCCUGCCGGUAAUUCAAAAUUAGCCUCUAAUCCGGCAGCUAAUAAUUUCUACUAUGAAAAAACUUGUUUACCUGGAGUUACUGCUCAUGAAGCUUGCACCUACAGGUCAUUCUCGUUUGAACGUAUGCGUAAAACAUUUUUGGAAGGAUUUGUCAAGAAAUCUAUGCAGGUUGAAUCUCGUGAACAGUGUUUAUCGGCUUGUCUGAAGGAAAAUGAAUUUGUGUGUCGUUCAGUAAAUUACCACUAUGACACAUUCCUAUGUGAACUUUCAACAGAAGAUCGCCGUUCCAAGCCGAACCAUCUGCGGCAGACAGAAGACGCUGUUGACUACUAUGACAACAAUUGUCUUAACCGACAAAAUCGUUGUGGAGAGUCCGGCGGUAAUUUGGUGUUUGUAAAGACAACAAAUUUUGAAAUUCACUAUUACGAUCAUACACAAUCUGUGGAAGCUCAAGAAUCGUUUUGCCUUCAGAAAUGCUUAGAUUCACUGAACACCUUCUGUCGUAGUGUUGAGUUCAGUCCUACAGAAAAAAACUGUAUCGUUAGUGACGAAGAUACAUUCUCACGAGCGGAUCAGCAGGGUCACGUUCAAGGCAAAGAUUACUACGAACCAAUCUGCGUUGCUGCGGAUCUGAGCUCAUCAACCUGCCGGCAACAAGCAGCAUUUGAACGUUAUAUCGGAAGCGAAAUUGACGGAAAACCAAUUGCAACAGCUCAAGGAGUAACCAUAUCAGACUGCAUCUCAUUAUGCUUCCAGAAUUUGAACUGCAAAAGUAUCAACUACGAUAGGAAACAGACCACCUGCUACGUUUAUUCAGUUGGCCGCCAAGAAGCGACGGUUAAAACCAGUCUUACCACAGAUUACUAUGAAUUUAACUGUGAAUCUCAAUUUGGCGGCAUGGCGUUGUGCACAAACGAAGGAAUCCGAUUUAUUGUUAAUACCAAAGAGCCGUAUACUGGCGCAAUUUACGCUGCUGAGAGAUUUAGCACUUGUUCACAAGUCGUUGAAAACGCUAAACAGAUUUCUAUCACCUUCCCUCCUCCAACAGUUUCUUCAGACUGCGGAACAGACGGUAAACUAGAAGCAUUAGUUGUUGUAUCCUUAGAUGGCGUUUUGCCUCACCAAGUUACCACUGAGUGGGAUCGAUUUUAUCGCGUAUCAUGUGACAUUUCAAUGGAGAAAAUGAUGACAGAAGGAUCUGUGGUUGUAACAACGAUAUUUGAUGCAGGAGAGGCACAGACUCAGGUGCUUGAGAUGGGGACUCCACCACCAGUGACGGCAUCAUUAUCUUUCCUUGAUAUGAACGACCAGCCGCUGGGAAAAGCCUCAAUUGGAGAUCCAAUUCAACUGGUUGUAACAUCAGAGCAAGCUGGACCUCACAAUAUGAAAUUAACAGAAUGUACAGCAACUCGUGUUGGCGGCCAUGGAGACACCGUCCCAUUUACAAUCAUACAAGAUGGGUGUCCCCGAUAUCCAGCACUUGUCGGGCCUGUUGAACAAGACUUUGAAAAAAACAGGUUGAAAUGUGACAUGAAAGCAUUCCGACUAGACGGGUCUUACGAUAUUGAAAUAGUCUGUCAAGUGAUGUUCUGUGCCGGUCCUAAAGGUUGCCCACCAAGCACUUGCCUGGACUCACAAAGUAACGAGGUGUUUAUAUCUAACGGAAGAAAGAAGAGGAGCGUGGACGUUAACCAAACUGAAGAAACGCUAUCAGCAAUAAUUCGGGUACUUGCAAAAGGAGAAAUUGAAGAAGAUAUAAGUAAUGAGACUUAUCACUUCAAGUAA